AUGAGUGGGAACAAGAAUCCGACCAACAAAAAACUAGAAGAGCUCGUAGAGAAGGCUGGUAUUGUAAAGCAUGUGUUGGAGGACCCAAAGCAAGUGGUAUGUGACGAUGUGUGGACAGAAGAGCGUGAGAGACUUGCACAGGCACAUUUGAGUCAGGACAAGUCCGUGAUUCCCGAAUUCUGGCAGAACAAAUACGAGAAGGAAGCCGCUAAGAGUUGGGAUAAGUUUUACCAACGUAAUUCCACUAAUUUUUACAAGGACCGACACUAUCUGCACUUGGUAUUUCAAGACCUUGGUGUUAUACCUGAAGCUUGUGAGACAAAGACACUUUUAGAAGUCGGCAGUGGAGUUGGGAAUGCGGCACUGCCUUUGCUAAAGAUUAACCCGGGACUUUACAUUGUGGCCAUUGACUUUGCAGAUUCAGCCAUUGAACUUCUAAAGAAACAACCGUUGUACGAUGAAGCUCGUGUAGCGGCCUCGGUGUGUGACAUUACAAAGGAUGCACUACCCGAUGCGGCGUUUGCCAAUGGUGGCGUGGACUUUGCGCUCUUUUUGUUCUGCUUGUCGGCUCUGCAUCCAGACAAAAUGAAGGAUGCUGUAAAAAAGGUGGUGGCUGCAAUCAAACCUGGAGGCAAACUUUUCUUCCGCGAUUACGGCCGAUACGACCAGGCACAGCUUCGUUUUCGCCCAGGUUGCAAGUUACAGGACAACUUUUACGUCCGUCAAGACAACACGCGGGCGUACUACUUCACGACGGAAGAAGUGGAGGAUAUUUUCAAGGAGGCAGGCCUUGUUGUAUUAGAGAAUGAGUACAUCCGUCGCCAGUAUGCCAACAGACAGCAGAAUGUCGUUCGCUUUCGUGUAUGGGUGCACGCUAUCUUCGAGAAGCCUCUCCCCGUCGGGGGAAUCGAAGCAUGA